AUGAUCCCAAUAAGCUCUCCGAGGCUAAAUAGCAAGCUGGCAGGUAGAUCCCUCUUAAACGAAGGACGAUCGAACAAGAGAUCUUGUGUUUGUUUGUUGAUGGGAAUGGUACUUGGAGUUUGCCUAGCUGGAAUUAUCUUUUACUCUUCACUGCCCUAUGAAAAUUACAGGAAUAACUCGAUGAAUUUAAUGAGAAUUAUAGGCCUAGAAGUGCCAUCAAAUGCAAGCGGAAAUGGCACAUUAAAUUUGGUUAAUGUAACCAGAAAUUUGGAAGAGCUUAGUGUUACACCUACGUUGGUUACUUAG